AAACAGCAGCCGCGGCCGGGUCCAGGUGGUAUCACUGUGAACAUGGCUUUGUUAAAGAGCGCGCUGGGGCUCCUGGUUCUACUUGUGGUCUCUGACUGCUCCUGGGCUGAAGAGGAACUGUCCGUCUCUGAGCUCCUCUGGAGAGCCAACAAGGAUGUUGUGCAUGGAGCGGAUGAGCCCUUGGUCAUGGAUGACAUCGCUUAUGACAAUGAAAAUGAGAGGAAUGCGGAUCAGUGCACUUCCAGUGGCUGCAUGUGGCCCAAGUCUGCUGACGGAAAGGUCUACGUGCCGUACGUCAUCGCCUCACAUUACUCUGCCCGCGAGCGCUCCAUCAUCGAGCGCGGGCUGGAAUCCUUCCAGAGCGUCUCCUGCAUCCGCUUCAUCCCACGAGCCAACCACAGAGACUACCUGACCAUCCAGUCCAUCAACGGCUGUUACUCCUACGUUGGCCGCCGUGGCUAUGCCCAGCAGGUGUCCCUGGACCGGCAGGGCUGCCUCUACCACAGCACCGUCCAGCACGAGCUGCUGCACGCGCUCGGAUUCAACCACGAGCAGUGUCGCUCCGACAGAGACCAGCACAUCAAAGUGCUGUGGGAGAACAUCCAGAGAGGUUGGGAAUACGCCUUCGACAAGAUCAACACGAUCAAUCUGAACACGCCUUAUGACUACAACUCCGUCAUGCAGUACCACAAAUAUGCCUUCUCUGGUAACAACAAGCCCACCAUGCAGCCCAUACCCAACCCGAACGUUCCAUUUGGCCAAGCCACCGAGAUGAGCAGCAAUGACAUCACCAGGCUGAACAGGCUGUACAAGUGCUAAAGGUGCUGAAGAUACUCAAAUUCAGGCUUCAGACCAGCUGUGUCCUACUAGACAAGGCAGAUGAUUGUAUUCAAAUGGCUUUGAAUAAACUUUUAAGUACUCUUGGAAACCA